GGCCAACUCCUCCUUGUUUACCCUAUAUCAGGGCCCUAUCACUUUUUUCUUUUUUCUCUUUGACAGGCGUGUGCUGGCUGUUGAGCAACCAUGGACACCUUUGUCCAGUUCGCCAAACGGGCGGACGAUGAAGACCCCCAGAACGCCUCCAAUUCGGCAUCGGGUCUUGUCUCCACCCUGCUUCCGACCCUCGUCAUCUCAGGUGCGAUGCUCCUGCUCUUCGUAAUCCUGCGCCGCAGCGAACGGAGGCAGUAUGCUCCCAGAACCUACAUUGGCGCUCUGCGUGAGCAGGAACGCACUCCCGCUCCCGAACCUGGCUUUUUCGGCUGGAUCCUGUCCAUGCUGAAGCUGCCAGAUACCUAUGUGCUCCGCCAUCACUCAAUGGAUGCUUAUCUGCUUCUGCGCUACCUAAAGAUUGCCACCACCAUCUGCCUUGUUGGCUGCUUCAUCACCUGGCCCGUCCUCUUCCCCGUCAAUGCAACUGGCGGAGGUGGGAAGGUGCAGUUGGAUAUUUUGUCCUUUGGCAAUGUCACGGGCAAUCUAAGCCGAUACUACGCCCAUACAUUCAUCGCCUGGAUUUUCAUUUCUUUCGUUUUCUUCAUGGUUACCCGCGAAAACAUUUACUUCAUCAAUCUACGCCAAGCUUACUUCUUCUCUCCUCUCUAUUCUGGGCGUAUCUCUUCUAAGACUGUUCUUUUCACGGCUGUGCCCGAUGAAUAUCUUGACGAGGCCCGAAUCAGGAAGAUGUACGGAGAGGACAAGGUCAAGAACGUUUGGCUUGUUCCGAACAUCGACCAACUUCUGGAAAAGGUUGAAGAGCGCGACGGCGCUGCCUUCAAGCUCGAGGGUGCUGAGACUAAACUAAUCAAACUUGCAACCGCUGCCCGCGUUAAGGCCACAAAAGGGCAACAAAGCGACGAAGAAGGACAGCAAACCAAUCUCGCCUUUGGAUCUGAUGAAACAGACGGAGAAUCGGGCUCAGUUGCAGCUAAAUGGAUAAAGCCUUCUGAAAGACCCACUCACAGACUCAAGCCGAUCAUUGGCAAGAAGGUUGACACCAUCAAUUGGGCUCGCGGAGAGAUUGAGCGUCUCAAUCCUGAAAUUGAAUCUCUUCAGGAGAAGCUUCGUGCCGGUGAAGCCGAACAUAUCUCCUCAGUUUUCGUUGAGUUUUACACGCAAAAUGACGCACAGGCUGCAUAUCAAAUGCUGGCGCAUCAUCAGCCGCUGCACAUGGCCCCACGCUACAUUGGUUUGAACCCUGAGGACAUUAUCUGGUCAAACUUGCGCAUCAAAUGGUGGGAGCUUAUCAUUCGAAAUGCUGCUACUAUCGCCGCUGUUGUCGCAUUGAUUAUUUUCUGGGCAAUUCCUGUUGCCGUCGUCGGUGCUAUCUCCAACAUCAACUUUCUCACUAACAAAGUGCCGUUCCUUGCCUUUAUCAAGGACUGCCCUCCGGUAAUUCUCGGUGUUAUCACAGCGCUUCUCCCUUCCAUUCUUUUGGCUGUUCUCAUGGCUCUACUGCCUAUUGUACUCCGACUCCUAGCAAGACUCGGAGGCGUGCCAACCGCCGCAGCCGUCGAGUUGCGAACCCAAAAUUUCUAUUUCGGUUUCCAAGUUGUCCAGGUCUUCUUGGUCACAACCAUUGCCUCAGCGGCAUCCAGUGCUGUGACUAAAAUUAUUCAAAAGCCACAGGAAGCUGCUUCCUUGCUCGCCGAGAACAUUCCUAAGGCUUCUAAUUUUUACAUUGCGUAUUUUAUCCUGCAGGGCUUGACAUUCAGUUCUGGUGCUCUCUUGCAAAUCGCAGGCCUUGUUAUCUCGAAGAUCCUGGGAACACUCUUGGAUAAUACCCCCCGAAAGAUGUACAAGAGAUGGUCGACCCUGGCUGGUAUGGGCUGGGGAACCGUGUUCCCUGUACUUACUAACCUUUGCGUUAUUGCUAUUACGUAUUCCGCUAUCGCACCUCUGGUGAUGGGCUUCGCUACUAUCGGGCUGUACCUCUUCUACCUCGCGUACAGAUACAACAUGCUUUAUGUGACGAACGCCAACAUCGAUACCAAAGGCAUGGUCUAUCCUCGAGCACUGCAACAUACGACCGUUGGUUGCUAUCUCUUGAUCGUUUGUCUCAUUGGUCUAUUUGCUAUUGGAACUGCAUCCGAUCGUCGUGCCUUGGGUCCAAUGAUCCUGAUGAUCAUCUUUGGUGUCUUCACAGUCAUAUAUCACUAUUCGUUGAUCCAGGCCGUGACGCCUUUGCUAAACUAUCUGCCGAAGAACUUGGAAACCGAGGACGACGGACCUCUAUCUCCUCAGCCUAGUCAUCAAGAAGCCGGUCCAAGCGACGCCGAAAAGGGAAUGUCGAACGGCACCGCCGAACCACCGAUGCCGAAGGUCAACCCCAUCGUCAAGUUUUUCCAGCCCCAAAUAUAUGCCAACUAUCAGACCCUGCGUAAACUGGUUCCUCACGAUUUCGCCGAUACGACUUACCCACCUGAAAUUGAGAAAAAUGCUUAUUACCAUCCAUCCAUUGGGUCGACACCACCGCUACUCUGGAUUCCCCGGGAUGCUGGUGGCAUCAGCAAACAAGAAGUGGCGCAUUCAUCGAGGGUUAUCCCAAUCACUGAUGAAGAUGCCUUCAUUGAUGACAAUGGUAAGAUUUCAUGGAAUGAAGAGAAAGGUGUCCCACCAAUCUACAAAGAGAAAAUUUACUACUAAACCCAAAGUGAACGCUUUUCUCGGGAUUUCUAUCUGUUAAUGUUCUUAAAUUUCGGGAAUUCUCAUAAAUAUGAGGCAAAAGGAAAAGGGAGUGGGCGGCAUGUACAUAUCACUCCAGGAUUGAUUCUCUCAGAGGCCUUUUUGUGAAGAUGGUGUUUGGAUGUCAGGUUUUGGUUCACUGAUACCCCCAAUUUUUUUUUCUCGAGAGAGAAACAAACACUGUGACUGCAAAAUUCACGUACUGUCAAGUUAAUAUUUAUGAGGUUUAAUAAGUAAUAAUGAAUGUGAGGCUCGCCUCUUUCGUUUCUUGGAUA